AUGUUUACUUUCAUCCAUUCACCCGCUUCUUCUCCAACCCUCUCUGCUUCAAGCGGAAAACCCGAUUAUCCUACGCACGGUUUACCGCUCUUGGAUGGCUAUCCCUCCUUUUCACCUUUUCAAGGGACAUCUGAAGCCUCGUCAUCCUAUCAGGCCCAGUUUGUUCCUGAAACCUGGAUCCCAGAAACACCUUCUUCAGCCCAACCUGAGCAGCACAGGACCGAUUACAAAUUACCACCCCAUGUGCUCGAGCACUUGGACAAUACCCAACUUUCAGACGAACCUGAAUUAUACUCCGAUCAUACCAGAUCGUCUCAGUUACUCAUCCAUCAGAUGGAAGUGAUGGUCCAAGGGGUUCGUGAAGAGAGGAGGGAGCAGGACAGCAAGAUGAAGGCUCAGGAACAGCUUAUCGAAAAACUGAAGGAGAUGGUUUAUGAGCUGAAGGAUAAUAUGGAGGGACAAGAAAAAAAGCUGAAGGCCCAAGAAAGGAAGCUGAAGGGACAUGAAUACCGUAUUGGAAAGAGAUAUUAUACUCGAAGUGGGAAAAAGUGA